UGCAGAGCGGCUGCUGGAGGAGUGACUUAAGGGGCCCGCGCGCCGCCGCCCCCUCGGCCCGCCAUGCUGCUCCCAGUCCCACUACUGCUCGGCCUUGUCGGCCUGGCCGCCGCUGAACCCACUAUUUACUUCAAGGAGCAAUUUCUGGACGGAGACGGGUGGACUGAUCGCUGGAUUGAAUCCAAACACAAACCGGAUUUUGGCAGAUUCGUUCUCAGUUCCGGCAAAUUCUACGGUGACCAGGAGAAAGAUAAAGGGCUACAGACAAGCCAGGAUGCCCGGUUUUACGCUCUGUCGGCCAGAUUUGAGCCCUUCAGCAACAAGGGUCAGACGCUGGUAGUGCAGUUCACGGUGAAACACGAACAGAACAUCGACUGUGGGGGUGGAUACGUGAAGCUGUUUCCAGAUGGUUUGGACCAGACAGACAUGCAUGGAGACUCCGAAUACAACAUCAUGUUUGGCCCGGACAUCUGUGGCCCUGGCACCAAGAAAGUUCAUGUCAUCUUCAACUACAAGGGCAAGAACGUGCUCAUCAAUAAGGAUAUCCGUUGCAAGGAUGAUGAAUUCACACACCUGUACACACUGAUUGUGCGGCCCGAUAAUACUUAUGAGGUGAAGAUUGACAACAGUCAGGUGGAGUCAGGCUCCUUGGAGGACGAUUGGGACUUCUUGCCGCCUAAGAAGAUAAAGGAUCCUGAUGCUGUGAAGCCUGAAGACUGGGACGAGCGAGCCAAAAUUGAUGACCCUACAGACUCCAAACCUGAGGACUGGGACAAGCCUGAACACAUUCCUGACCCUGAUGCUAAGAAGCCCGAAGACUGGGAUGAAGAGAUGGAUGGAGAGUGGGAACCGCCAGUGAUACAGAACCCAGAGUACAAGGGUGAGUGGAAGCCCAGGCAGAUUGACAACCCCGAUUACAAGGGCACUUGGAUCCACCCAGAAAUAGACAACCCUGAGUACUCCCCUGAUAGCAACAUCUAUGCCUAUGAAAACUUUGCUGUGCUGGGCCUGGAUCUCUGGCAGGUCAAGUCUGGUACCAUCUUUGACAACUUCCUCAUUACCAACGAUGAGGCCUACGCUGAGGAGUUUGGCAACGAGACAUGGGGUGUUACAAAGGCAGCAGAAAAGCAAAUGAAAGACAAGCAGGAUGAAGAGCAGAGGCUAAAGGAGGAGGAGGAGGAGAAGAAGCGCAAGGAAGAGGAGGAGGUAGACAAGGAAGACGAGGAGGACAAGGAUGAGGAUGAGGAGGAGGAGGAUGAGAAGGAGGAAGAGGAGGAGGAAGAUGCUGCCGCUGGCCAGGCCAAGGAUGAGCUGUAGGGGCCACACCACUGCCUCCGGGGCUGGACUGAGGCCUGAGCGCUCCUGCCAUAGAGCCGGCCGCGCCAAAUAAUGUCUCUAUGAGACUGGAGAACUUUGAUUUUUUUUUUUUUUUUUUUUUUUUUUUCCUUCCAGGCGGGUUCUGAUUUGGGAUGGAUUUGGUUUUGUUCCCCCCCCCUUUUUUUUUUCUAUUUUUUAACUGGUGUUUUGUCUUUGAUUCUUCUUCAGCCCUCACCCUGGCCUUCAUCUUUCUUGAUUGAUAUCUUUGCUUUCUUCUAUCUCCUCUCCCCAGAUUCCUUAGUUCCUCUCCAACUUGGGGACUCUGGGUGAAUUGUGUGGAGAAGCCCCAGGCCCAAAAUUCUAUCUGCUCUCCUUCCUUGAUCCCAGAGUGGGGGGGUGGGAGAAGAGGGUGGCAACCCAGGCCCCCCAGCACUGAGGAAGAAUGGGGCUCCUGGGGCCUGAGCUCUGACCGCCCCCACACACAGUUUUCCCCUGCCCCCAGGACUCGGCCACUUCUGAGUGGGGCAGGGGAUUCUAGCUCGGCUCAUACUGAGAAUGUAAGAACUACAAACGAAAUUUCUAUUAAAUUAAGUUUUGUGUC